UCCCCCCGACCCACGCCAUGUUUCUAGUUGUGGUGUAGGGAUGCUGUGCGGAUCAUUCCAUCACAUGCAGCAGUCCCGAGCAUAUGGAGAACCGCUGAUUCGUCGACUUCCAAGGACCAGGGUGCUGAAAUGGAACAAAUAUGUUUGAUCCUUUUGCUUAUAAGUAAGGCAUUAUCAGUUGGAGCACAAUUCAAUGGAUACAACUGUGAUGCCAACUUCCACAGCCGCUUCCCUGCGGAGCGGGACAUUAGUGUGUACUGUGGGGUGCAGACAAUCACCCUCAAGAUCAACUUUUGUCCUGUUCUCUUCUCCGGCUACACCGACACUGACCUGGCCCUCAACGGUCGCCAUGGAGAUGCCCACUGCCGUGGUUUCAUCAAUAACAACACCUUCCCCACCGUGGUCCUCUUCAGCAUUAGCCUAGCCACCCUGGAGACAUGCGGCAAUGCCCUGGUGGUUUCCACGGCUCAGGGGCCUAAUGCUUAUGGGAACCUCUCACUGGUGCAGAUUGGGAACAUAUCAGGGUACAUCGAUACACCAGAUCCCCCAACUAUCAUUAGCUACCUGCCAGGUCUGCUCUACAAAUUCAGCUGUAGCUACCCUCUGGAAUACCUGGUGAACAAUACACAGUUGGCUUCGUCAGCUGCUGCAAUAUCAGUGAAGGACAGCAAUGGUACUUUUGUCAGUACUUUGAGUCUACUGCUUUACAAUGACUCGUCAUACGUUCAGCAGCUGUCAAUUCCUAUGGCGGGGCUCACACUGAAGACACGUGUGUUUGCAGCAGUCAAAGCUACCAACUUGGACAGGAGAUGGAAUGUUCUGAUGGACUACUGUUACACCACUGCCUCUGGGAAUCCAAAUGAUGAACUUCGCUAUGACCUCUUCUUUAGCUGUGACAAAGACCCACAGACAACUGUGUUUGAGAAUGGGAAGAGUCAAAUGGGCCGUUUUGCCUUUGAAGUGUUUCGCUUUGUCAAGCACAAGAACCAGAAAAUGUCUACCGUCUUCCUGCACUGCGUUACCAAGCUGUGUCGAGCCGAUGACUGCCCCAUGCUCAUGCCGAUCUGUGGUAGUAGAAAGAAGCGGGACGUCUCAGAGAGGACGGAAUCAAACUCUGCAUCAGGAAACGCUAUCAUUACUGCUGGGCCAAUAAUCACAAGGAGCGAUGACACUCCAAUGAACAACUCACAACUAGCUCAACUAAACAGCCCAGUGUUUCGGAUGAACACGGUGACCAGCGCACUUAUCUCAGGCAUCAUCAUCCUUGGUGUAAUGAGCCUGUGUUUCUUCAUCUUAUCCCUUACCCUCCUCAAGGGCAAGAGGGCCCCACCGACCAUCUUGUCGGGGGCUUGCAACCCAGCUUUCAACUAACUCCAGCGAUCGCCCCUGCUCCCAAGAUCUUGCCUUUCCCCUCUCCAUGAUGACACUACAUAGAAGGAGAGAGUGGGACUCACAUGUACACAUUUAGAGUAGAGUGAAAAGCCCAAAUUGUUCAUUUAUAUGAAUGUAAACUGUACUGUAUAAUUCAUGUUAGCAUAGGUAUAGUUGACAUCUCGAGAAUGUAUAUUUCUUUGUAUGUAUUGUACUUAUAUUGUUUCAACCCAGUGACAGUCCGGUUAUUGUUAGGCGUUUAAUUUGCAAAGUGGAUUUCAGUUCAAUUUAAUGCCUCAGCUACUCGGCAUGCUAUUGCAGGGUAAAGGAUAAUUUACAAGAAAUGCAUAUAGUCUAGAAUAAACUGGUCUAACACCAAAUUCUUGUUUAGUUGGUAAGUUUACAGGGAGAAAUGUAAACAGUGUCCUUGAAAUGGAUAUAAAUGAGUGACCUCUAAACAACAUCCUAUGCAAUAAUUUAAAAAAAACUCAGAAAAGAGCUUGGGGUUGGAUUUCGUUAAUUUCCUGAAAAUACUUAGACCAAAGCUAAAACAAAAAUGUACCAGUUACAUUUUAUAUCCAUUAUGUUAUUAAUAUUGCUGAUAGGUACCAUAGUUAGUAUAAUGAUUAUAAUACAUUCAUUGAGAGGUCAUUACUCAUGAAUGCUAGGUAAAUGCUCUACCUAAAUUAAUGCAAUCUUCAAAUAGUUUUACUAGUUUAAAUUACAUUUUGGAUUGUCAUUGGGCUUUUUAGUCAAAUGUGUAUGAAGAGUGUAAUUGCAAAACGCUAUGAUAUACAUUUUCUGAAAUGUUGGUUAUAUUAGCUUUUAUUGUAUUAUUAUUAUAAAUUCUGAAAGGGAUUGGUCUGUUUGUUUGAAAUCUACAAAAAAAUGGUUUCAUUUCAGAGAGAGAGAAAAAUCAUGUUUUGUUGCAAAAUGCUAUAUAUCCGCCUCCCUUUCAGAGAACAAAGUAGCACAGCUAGGUUUUAUGAAGUCAAAUGUGACAUAACUACUUAUAAAUGACUGUACAAAAUA